CUUAAAACUAGGGUUUUUCAUGGUGCCCUCCCUUAUAUAUGAAACCAAAGCAGACAACAUUCGCCCUGCUAUAUAUAUAUCGUCGAGAGGGAGACAGUACAGUAGCGAAGCUCUGCGCCAUUUCUGCUCAGCUUCAUUGGCGACGUUGUUGUAAGCCAUGGUUAAGCAUAACAAUGUUGUGCCCAAUGGGCACUUCAAGAAGCACUGGCAGAACUAUGUGAAGACCUGGUUCAACCAGCCAGCCCGCAAAACCAGAAGAAGAAAUGCGAGACAAAAGAAGGCUGUAAAGAUUUUCCCUCGGCCCACAGCUGGCCCACUACGUCCCAUAGUUCAUGGGCAGACAUUGAAGUACAAUAUGAAGCUAAGGGCUGGCAGGGGAUUUUCUCUUGAGGAGCUCAAGGCAGCAGGUAUUCCCAAGAAACUUGCCCCGACCAUUGGCAUUGCUGUUGAUCAUCGCCGCAGGAACCGUUCCCUGGAGGGUCUCCAGACAAAUGUCCAGAGGCUGAAGACAUACAAGGCCAAGGUGGUCGUCUUCCCAAGACGUGCUCGCAAGUUCAAGGCUGGUGAUUCUGCUCCUGAGGAAUUGGCAACAGCCACCCAAGUCCAAGGCUCUUACAUGCCUAUUGUGCGCGAGAAGCCAACCGUGGAGCUUGUCAAGGUCACAGAUGAGAUGAAAUCAUUCAAGGCCUAUGCCAAGCUACGUGUGGAGCGCACAAAUACACGCCAUGUUGGUGCCAGGUUGAAGAGAGCUGCUGAGGCUGAGAAGGAAGAAAAGAAAUAGUUAGUUUUUGCCCAUGCUGAUGAGUGGAAUUUUUGUUUUAAUUUUUGCUUUUUCAGAUCGUAAGUUAAUUUGCUGGACUUCUUUUGAACCAGUAGUGGUAGUGUUUACAAUAUCAGUUGAAUGUAUGGAUUUUGAUUAUUACUCGUUUAUACCAUUGUCUGGAUUUUUUGUGUUCCAUCAUCCUGGAUCCUUGUAAGAUUAAGGCACCACCCAACUCUUUUGACUGUGUCGUUAUUCAAUUAUUUUAAACUUGAUUACUUUUGAGGUUGGUGUAA